UCGUUCGCGAGUUCGCGACGCUAUUCGGAAAAUCCGGAUCUGUAAAUAAUUUAAAUUGUAUUCUUGUAGUUAGUUGCAGUAUAUGAACGGGAAGUGAUGGACUUAAAAUGAAAGCACUUCAAAACUUAUUCCCCAAUAAAGAGGGAUUUAUUACAUUCGCUUUGUACAUAAUAUUAUUUGUAUUUCAAGGUGUGUUCGUGACUGCAUCUAAGAACGCAAAUGGAGGAUAUUCGUAUAAUACAACCCUAGUGGUGUUUCUGACUGAGCUGCUCAAACUUGUGGCUUCCGCCACACUCUACUCGUAUAGACGAAAUGACAAACCCCACAUUUUCCGAGCGGUGGCCCUGAACUACAAGCUCCUGCUACUCUACUUCAUCCCCUCGCUGCUAUACUGCUUCUACAACAACCUGGCCUUCGUGAACCUCUCGCACUACGACCCGACCUCGUACUACAUACUGCUGCAGUUCCGGGUCGUGCUCACUGCUAUACUUUUCCAGUGUCUGUUCCAAAAGAAGCUGACGUUAAUGCAAUGGGUGUCUUUAGGCAUCCUAACCCUCGGGUGCAUCCUCAAGAACUUCGACGCUGCCUCAGUCCAGUCCAAGACCGGAGAGACCGACCGCUGGUCGCAAGUAUUCAACAUCUACUUCCUAUCCAUCAACUUCCAGAAUUUCUGCUCAUGUUUAGCCGGGACUUACAACGAGUAUCUCCUAAAAACGCAGGGCGCGAGCGUAGACAUAUUCCUACAAAACGUGUUUAUGUAUCUAGACUCAGUAAUCUGUAACUUCUUCAUACUUAUGUUUAAAGGCGAACUACGAAGCGUCUUUGACGAUUUUAGCUCGCUAGCUAAUAUUAUUGUGAUACUUAUUAUUGUAAAUAGCGCCGUCGUAGGUAUAGUGACUAGUUUUUUCUUGAAGAAUCUUAAUUCUAUAUUAAAAACUUACGCCAGUGCGCUAGAAUUGGUUAUAACAGCGGUAGUUUGUUAUUUGUUGUUUAAUAUUUUGAUCACUUGGGGCACAGUGACGUCUAUAUGUCUAGUCAGUAUAGCGGUGGGGAUGUAUAUGAAAAAUCCAGUGAAUAAUGCGAUCUUGAAUGAACCUAAAGAUAAAGAUCAGAAGCCCUUGUUAGAAGAAGUUAGAACCGAAUAG